AAUAUACUAUUCAUAAAAUCUUCACAACCUCACUUGUUUCAUGACCAUGAGAAAAUAUUAUCAUAUCCUUAACCUAAGGAGAUCUAAAAGUCUCUUUACCUCACAUACUAGUAUUGUUCAUCAAACUAGUCAUGUUGAAUCACACCACCGUAAACCGCCACCGCCACUGCCACCGUCACCACCAUCGUAUCAAUCAACUCACUCAAAUCUCAACCGUAGGUUUAUUAACCGUCAACUUCCUACAAUCCACACGUCAGCGCUACCCUUAUACGAAAACAAAUCCUCACUCGACUAUCAAAUGACUGUGAAGGGUAGAGAGGUCAUUACAGCAGCCGUAACACCAGCGAACCAACCCCGGCAACCCUUGUCAAACCUAGACCUACUCCUACCGCCAAUUGAAGCUGGAGUUUAUUUUUGUUACAAGAAAAAGGACAACAUUGACAUGUCCCCAAAUACUGUGAUGAAGACCAUCAAGAAAUCGCUUGCGGGGGUGUUAUCGACAUUUUAUCCGCUCGCGGGUCAGAUUGUGCCGAAUAAGUAUGGAGAGCUGGAGGUGCUUUGUAACAACAAUGGGGUGGAAUUCGUGCAUGCCCAUGCAGAUAUAGAAAUGAAAGACUUGGAUCUUUAUCGCCCUGAUUAUUCUGUGAGGGGGAAGUUGGUGCCAAAGUUAAAUCAUAUACAUGCUUUGUUAUCUGUUCAGGUAACUGAGUUGAAAUGCGGAUCAUUAAUAAUAUCAUGUACGUUUAACCAUCAAUUAACAGAUGGUUACUCAUUGAAUAUGUUCUUAGUUGCAUGGGCUAAGUAUGCACAAUCAGAAACAAUCUUCAACAUGCCAUCAUUUCAAACCUCACUUUUGAACCCAAGACACCCACCUCGUUAUGAAUCAUCCGUAGAUAAUCUAUACAUCCCCAUCUCGUCACUCCCUCCGCCAUCUUCCUUUGAGGAACCACUUGACAGUCGUAUGUACUAUGUUCAUGCUAAAUCAAUUGAACGCAUUCAAUAUGAAGCGAGCACAAAAGAAGGUACAAAAAGCAAACUCUUAUCAUUCACCGCAUUUUUGUGGAAAUUAUUAGCCAACGGAAAAAAUGAUGUUAAUACCCCAUCUAGAAUGGGCAUUGUGGUCAAUGGACGACGAUUUCUCGCAGAAAAUAAUGAGAAAAAUGCAUCUUUCAUGGAAAACUAUUAUGGUAAUGUAGUAUCCAUCCCAUAUGGGGCGGCUACAAAUAGGGAUCUCAAGGAAAUGCCUCUUCAUGAAGUUGCGAACCAGGUUCAUCGAUUUGUGGCUAAGGCAACACAUGAAGAGCAUUUUAGGGGGCUUGGUGACUGGGUACAAUUGCAUCGGCCAAAUCGAGCGGCUGCUAGGUUGUAUGUCGGGAACAAAAAGUCAGAAGGUGGAGGUGUAGUUGUCUCCUCUGGACAAGGUUUACCAAUCAAAGAUAUGGACUUUGGAUGGGGCAAGCCAGAGUUCGGGUCAUAUCAUGUUCCUUGGGGUAGUCAAACCGGGUACAUAUGUACGAUGCCAAGUGCAUGUAGAAAUGGGGAUUGGGUAGUUUACAUGCAUCUCAAACAAGAGGAAUUUAAUGUGAUUGAUCAUGCGGCACCCAAUGUGUUUACGCCUCUUUCUAUUGAUACCUUCUUUUAGUAUAUAAUAUUUUUCAUAAUUCCGUGUUUAUACAGACAAUAUUAACUAGCUUUGCUU